AUGCCCAGAAGUGAAUCUCCCAUUGUCGUCCCACAGCAGAGGAAGGUUCGGUUGGACAAGUCGGAAGUCAUGGUGCUCAGGGCUCAUAUAGAGGACUGGAAGUCUGUCAAAGGGAAGGAAAGAUCUAGGGUGCUACUUGCCAUCCACAAGGAAGCCUCCCUCCAAGCUCCAACCAAGGAAAAAGCCAUACUGAAAGCUCGGAAAAAGAUUUACAAGCAGUGGCUGCAGAAUCAGUCUCGCCGAAAACAAGCUCCAAAGGCUCUCAUAAAGUAUGGCCGGCGUUGGAUGGCGAGGCAAGUCUUGAUUCACACCCACAAAGCCCUUAUCAGAGAGGAGACAGGAGAAAUGGCGGGAAAGGAGAGGGAAGAAGCAGAAGCAAUGGCAGAGAGAUGGAACAAUGAAGCGGCGCCACCAGACAUUCAGGCCGAGGUAGCCAAGACCAAGGGAGCCGACAUGAUUGAGCAUUUCACCACAGAAAUGUUCAAGAUGGCCGGAAUGAGGGUGUGUGUCUUGUCUGCUUGGAAGGAUGGAAACGGGAAGCUCAUGUUGGGAGGCCAUGACUUCAAUGAGCAGUUUGGGAACGGCAAGAGUUUUAUCAAGACAAGGGAUUGGGACGGCAUUAUCAUGCCUGAAUGGGUGGAAUAUGCAGGGGAGCAAUUCAACUGCGAUGACGCCGAAGAACCUCAGAUGGUCAGAUCAAAGAAGCGAGUGCAAAGGAUGCUCAUCCAACUAGAGGAAGACGCCAAUGGGUGGCCGAUCCUACCGGACGCAAAGGAAUGGAAACAUGCCGAACAACAGCACUUGAUUUGA